GGUGGAAAAAAUAAAAUAAAAAAAAAUCACUGGCUUAGCCCUUUAAAGAUAAAAGGGAAUUGCUCCCUCCCACAGUAUUUUUAGUAAAGCUGCUCUAAAAGUUUGCUUCCUUCCAGCCUUUGCAUCUCUACAGGUUUCCCUCUCUCUUUUCUUUUUUUUUUCUUCUUCUUCCUUUUUUUUUUUUUUAUAUCUGCCCUCCUAAAACAACAGGAAUGCUGCACUGGCCCUCCGCCAGCAAAGGCUCAGCGAGCAGGGUAAAAUUUCAGUUCAGAUUUACGGGAAGGUGUUGGGAGUAAAAAUCUGGUUCGGUGAGUUUAAGGCAAGGGAGUAGCCAGGAGACAACCUUGCUACUGUGAGCGCAGGGAGAAAGGGAGGAGGAGGAGGAGGUGGGGGGAAGAAAAAAAAAAAAAACCCGACCCAUACUGGGGGGGAGAUACCAAUUUUUCCUCUCUCGGAGUUUCGGCGUGCUGCUGAGCUCCGGCAGCGCUAUCAGGACUGCAGGCUGGAAGCGGGGCGUGCGAGCGCAGUGCAGCACAGGAAUGUGCGGCUUAGGGCAGAGGCUUUGGCUGAGCCACUGCUAAUCGCACGGCUUUCUCCCCACAUCGGACUUCUCAAAAACUCUUAAAAAAAAAAAAAAAAAAAUUGCAUAGAGCCAAGAGAGGAGGUUAAGGCUCGGAGAGCGGUUGCUCCAAGUGGCAGCGUCGUGAGGAGUUGCUCAACCCUCCUCGCAUAGCGGUGGGGCAGGAGGAAAAAUGCGUUAGGUCGCUGCCCCGAAGCUUGGCCUUUCCGUGCAUGGUGCCGAGAGCGGCUGCGGGUGCACCGGGGCUCCAGGUUUUAUCGGGUUUUGAAUGAGUUUGACAUCAUGACUGCUGAGGACUCCACUGCAAGGAUGAGCAACGAUUCCUCCAACAUGGCUGCCACGAAAGUCCCCGAAGGUGUAGCCGGUGCGCCCAACGAGGCGGCUCUGCUGGCGCUGAUGGAGCGCACCGGAUACAGCAUGAUCCAGGAGAACGGGCAACGCAAGUACGGCGGCCCUCCUCCUGGCUGGGAGGGCCUGCACCCUCCUCGUGGCUGCGAAGUCUUCGUGGGCAAAAUCCCCCGUGACGUCUAUGAAGACGAGCUCGUCCCCGUGUUCGAGUCCGUCGGCCGCAUCUACGAAAUGCGCCUGAUGAUGGACUUUGACGGGAAGAACCGCGGCUACGCCUUCGUGAUGUACACGCAGAAGCACGAGGCGAAGCGGGCUGUCAGGGAGCUGAACAACUACGAGAUCCGCCCUGGCAGGCUGCUGGGUGUGUGCUGCAGCGUGGACAACUGCCGGCUCUUCAUCGGAGGCAUUCCCAAAAUGAAGAAGAGAGAGGAGAUUCUGGAGGAGAUCGCCAAGGUGACAGAAGGCGUGCUGGAUGUCAUCGUGUACGCGAGCGCUGCAGACAAGAUGAAGAACAGAGGCUUUGCCUUUGUGGAGUACGAGAGCCACCGAGCGGCUGCGAUGGCCAGGAGGAAGCUCAUGCCGGGAAGGAUCCAGCUGUGGGGACACCAAAUUGCUGUUGACUGGGCAGAACCAGAAAUCGAUGUGGAUGAAGAUGUCAUGGAGACUGUUAAAAUCCUCUAUGUGAGGAACUUAAUGAUUGAGACCACAGAGGACACCAUUAAAAAGGUCUUUGGGCAGUUUAACCCCGGCUGUGUAGAGCGGGUGAAAAAAAUACGUGAUUACGCCUUUGUGCACUUUACAACCAGGGAAGAUGCCAUCCAUGCCAUGAACAACCUCAAUGGUGUGGAACUGGAAGGCUCGUGCCUGGAGGUUACCUUGGCCAAGCCGGUGGACAAGGAGCAGUACACUCGCUACCAGAAAGCAGCGAAAGGAGGGGCCGCAGCAACACCCGAAGUAGCUCAGCAACCUAAUUAUGUUUACUCUUGUGAUCCGUACACACUAGCGUAUUAUGGAUAUCCGUACAAUGCCCUGAUCGGGCCCAACAGAGAUUACUUUGUGAAAGCAGGCAGCAUACGAGGCAGAGGGCGAGGUGCAGCUGGCAACAGAGCCCCCGGACCCCGGGGCUCCUAUCUGGGGGGGUACUCCGCCGGACGUGGCAUAUACAGCAGAUACCAUGAAGGCAAAGGAAAACAGCAGGAAAAAGGAUACGAGCUGGUACCCAACCUGGAAUUACCUGCCGUCAACCCAGUGGCCAUUAAGCCUGGUGCAGUGGCCAUCCCUGCGAUCAGUGCCCAGUACUCCAUGUUUCAGGCCGCACCACCAGCCAAGAUGAUGGAAGAUGGCAAGAUCCACGCAGUUGAGCACAUCAUCAACCCUAUUGCCGUCCAGCAGGACCCAGCCAGUGCAGCAGCUGCUGCAGCAGCCGCAGCCGCAGCUGUAAUACCGGCUGUGUCAACGCCUCCCCCCUUCCAGGGCCGCCCCAUAACGCCAGUGUACACCAUGGCCCCCAAUGUGCAGAGGAUCCCCGCUGCUGGCAUUUAUGGGACAAGUUACGUGCCAUUCGCGGCGCCUGCUGCAGCAACGGCGACGAUAGCCACGCUACAGAAGAACGCGGCCGCCGCUGCCGCCGCUGCUGCUGCUGCCUAUGGAGGAUAUGCUGGCUACAUGCCUCCGGCGUUCCCGGCUGCCACCAUCCAGGUGCCCAUCCACGACGUCUACCAGACGUACUGAGACUGUCGGCACGGAGGGCGGCAGAGAAACAAACACUGAAGGAACACUUUACUAUUUAUGAAGAACGUGCCUGCUGCAAAACAGUAAUGCCUGGACUCUGUAAACUGAUGCAGAACCUGAAAGUGAAGAAUGUCACGGAAAAAAACGUGUUUGAAAUGUUUUCUACGCUUGAAGUUUUCACUAACUUUUUUAGGCUAUUUUUAAAAUUUAACACGCCUGUAUUCAUACAUUUCUAAAUGACCUCAAUGCAUUGAGCCCAUCACUUAUGUGCAUUUAUACGCAUCAUAGUGGGGUUGCAUAAGGUCUUUUUUUUUUUAGCAGUUAUAUUUUCAAUAUAUUUGUGGUAUGAAGGUUAUUUUUUAGUAACUUCUGCACUCCAGAGAUGUCUAUUUUGUAGUGCCUUUAAUAAUAUAUCAGCUAUAUAUUAAAAAGCACACCUGAGCAGCUAGGGAAAGUUUAAACAAUAUAUUUUGAAGAAUAUAUUCAAUAUUUAAAGAAUAUGUACCUUAGAUUUUUUUUUUUAAGAAAAUAAAAAACAGCAAGUAUCUUAUUUAAAAAAUGUUAUACUGGAAAGUGCAAUUUGAAAAAUGUGCAAGACCUCUGCAUUUUUGUGCUGGCAUUAAUACAAUCUGUUAUCAUUUGAAAUCAAAAGUACUAGUAUUGUCUUUUUGGAAAGAAAAGAAAAAAAAAAGCCUCCUCACACAGAUCUCUUCACAGUGUGAUUAGCAGGCUUAGAAUAAGCAAAGGAAAGGCUCUGAGUUUUCCUUAAGAACUGGAUUUUCUAUUUAUUGAAGCUACCUGUAGUUCAAAAGCACGUGCAGAAACGAGCACCUGAUAUUUCGUGCAAGGUGUCUUGACUUCAAUCUUCAUCCAGUAUAAAACCUAGGCUCUUUUUAAAUGCUCUUUAUUUUAUUCUUUGAAGUAAAUGCUGUAGUGACUGAGAAUGUACGCUGUUGUAGGCAAGAGCACGCCUGCUCCUGCCAGCAGGACGCGCAGUGCUGCUUACCCAUAGCUUCAUCAUGUUCUGUGAGAAAUUUCCGAGGUACUAGGGGUGGUAGUGAUACUGGAAUUAAUACAGCAGGGCUGGCAUCCCUCCCAGCCUCCCUUCCACACUCGACUCCAGUUCUCUGCACCUGGAGUUACACAUGCACAUCAGGGAUGGGAGGGAUUGGACCUGAUGAUUUUAAGAUGUAAAGGUUGUAAAUAUACAUUUUAAAAGUCAUUUUAUGUUGCAAAUUUACAUGGUAUGUGGUUUGCCACAAAACAAAGGCAGUUUAUUUCGAUGUUAUAAAAAAAAGUUUGUUUUAUUAAGAAGUAAAUAUAUUAUUGCAGUGUUUUGUGGCCUGUUUAAAGGCUUUUAUUUAGUAGUGCAGUGAAUGUAAAGUAUAGUAAAAUGUUAAAGAAAUAUCUUGCCCAUAUGAUGAAGAAUGUCAGCUCUGCAAACACAACUCCAGUGAAAGGAGGUGUGAAGCAGGGACUGAGUAAACCAUUUUGCUUUGCUUUUUAUGGUAUAAAUACCAACUGAAGGGGUUUCAUAUAAAGUAUAUUUUGACAACUGAACCACUUCCAGAUCACCUCCAGCUCAGUAAAGUGACCUUCUAAUGCAUAUUUUUCUUGCCUCAAAAUUGAGCGGUUGUUUUUUAGGUGCUCUUACUCAGCAAAGCUGAGCUCUAUUUAAAACUGUCCAACUGCUAUCAGAAGCACUGUGAGGAAGUUAACCAUUAAGUCGGACUCUGCCCCUCUGUGCCCCCUCCCUGGAGGCUUUCAUUGUCUGUCCCAGAGCUUUUGGAAACGCAACCCUUAGCCCCAAAACCUGAAGGCCCUGCCUGUUUUUAGGGUGAGAGGAGGCGAAGCAGGCAAGGCCUUCUCGGAAGAUCCCGGUAGGGGUGCUCAAAAAGUGCUGGGGGCUCCCGCUAAGGCCUUGUACAGCUCAAUACUAAAUGCCACCAUGGGUUGCAGCACAUCUCAAUGGCCUCCAGGCACAGUGGGCUCUGCUGUUCCCUUUCCAGCCCCUCCACCACAACCACGGCCAACUCAGAGGAGGGAUGAAGGGUGAUGGCCCUCCCACCCAUCCUCUCCCCACUGGUUCCUGUUGCUUUCAGCAGGGACAGAAAGGAACCCAAAGAGGGUAAGCCUCCAGGCCACCACACCAAGGCAGGAGUAGGCAGGACGUGGGGGCCGCAGCCUCCCGCCCCCGUCUUUUCCGCUUGCUUCUGAACCAUUUCAUGUACACUACUACUGAGGUAAGUCUGAUAACUUGAAAUGUGAACAUCUUUAGGUUAAGAACAAACUAUUCAAAGAAAUAUAUAUAUAUAUUAAAAAAAAAAAAAAAAAAAAAACUAGCGUGCCUUAUUCUUGAAAGAGCUGAUAUUUUAGGUGUUUUAUUGUAUCUCUGUUUUCUGUACUGUCGGAAGCCUCUGAGUUUAUUUAGUUCUUGCUCUAUUUACGGUACAUUUCUAGGAUGUAGUGAAUAAAGCAUUCUU